AUGACGCUCGACUUGCUGCAUUCGAAUUUCUUCACGCAGCGGCACCGACUGAUUUGACUGCGCUACCCGAGCGUCCCCGAGCGAAGCGGAGCAAGGCGGGAACAUUGGAGCGAGAAGCCAGGCACUCAUUUUGUACAGAGGUCGCAGCCUCGCUCGUCGAAUCGAGCCGCGUUCGUCGGGGUCAUGCGGGCGAUCAUCGAUUUGCCAACCAGUCAUCGCUUUCCCCCGUCUCCUGCUGCGCCUUCGUAUUCUGGUGGGGCCGUGCGUUUACCGCGAGCGCGAGCGCGAUGAGACCUUCGGGCCUGCGCGAUGUCUUCGAAUCCGAUGGGGUUUUAGGUGUGCCAAGAAUUUGAAUGCCGGAGUUGCUCGUUUUCUUGGAACCCCGGAGUUUCGAUCGCCGAAUCGCACUUGUUCUCGUCGGAAUGUACUCGCCUGGUGGAUUUUGAUGCCUCCUUGCUCGUGAGUUGGAGUCGAGGAACGCAGAUGCGGGCCAGUGUUGGGGCGAUUUUCUUUGUAAUUGUUGGGGUGAACGAGCCGUGAAAUAUCUGACGCGGAGUCGCGAUGCCGCGCGAGAUCAUAACGCUCCAGGUGGGGCAAUGCGGGAACCAGAUUGGAAUGGAAUUUUGGAAGCAGUUGUGCCUGGAGCAUGGCAUUAGUAAAGCUGGCAUUCUCGAGGACUUCGCAACUCAGGGAGGUGAUCGGAAGGAUGUGUUUUUCUAUCAAGCUGACGACGAACAUUACAUUCCACGAGCACUGCUUUUGGAUUUGGAGCCCAGAGUUAUUAACAGCAUUCAGAAUAGUGAAUACCGCAACUUAUAUAAUCACGAAAAUGUGUUCGUGGCCGAUCACGGAGGUGGUGCGGGAAACAAUUGGGCUAGCGGCUAUCAUCAGGGUGAACAAGUCGAAGAGGAUAUAAUGGACAUGAUUGAUCGAGAAGCGGAUGGAAGUGACAGCUUGGAAGGAUUUGUUCUUUGCCAUUCCAUCGCCGGGGGAACUGGUUCAGGCAUGGGUUCGUACCUAUUGGAAGCUCUAAAUGACCGGUACAGCAAGAAACUGGUUCAGACAUACAGUGUCUUUCCCAACCAAAUGGAAACUAGUGAUGUCGUGGUGCAGCCAUAUAACAGCCUUUUGACUCUUAAGCGAUUGACUCUCAAUGCCGACUGCGUCGUUGUUCUAGAUAACACCGCUCUGAACAGGAUUGCUGUGGAUCGCCUGCACAUACCUAACCCAACUUUUGCUCAGACAAAUUCACUGGUGUCCACAGUUAUGUCUGCCAGUACAACUACCCUUCGGUAUCCAGGAUACAUGAACAAUGACCUCGUGGGGCUCGUUGCAUCCUUGAUUCCAACACCCAGAUGUCAUUUUCUCAUGACAGGAUACACACCUCUAACUGUCGAACGGCAGGCAAACGCAAUUCGUAAAACUACUGUUCUUGAUGUCAUGAGGAGGCUUCUACAAGCCAAGAACAUCAUGGUUUCCUCGUAUGCUCGUACCAAGGACGCCAGUCAAGCGAAAUAUAUAUCAAUACUGAAUAUUAUCCAGGGAGAAGUGGACCCAACCCAGGUACAUAAAAGUCUUCAAAGAAUCCGAGAAAGAAAACUUGCAAAUUUUAUUGAGUGGGGACCAGCCAGUAUCCAGGUAGCUUUGUCAAGAAAAUCCCCUUACGUGCAAACAGCCCAUAGAGUCAGUGGUCUCAUGUUGGCCAGCCAUACAAGUAUCCGGCAUCUCUUUAGCAAAUGCAUCAGUCAGUAUGAGAAGCUCCGAAAGAAGCAGGCGUUUUUGGACAAUUAUCGCAAGUUCCCAAUGUUUGCUGACAACGACUUGUCAGAGUUUGACGAAUCAAGAGAGAUUGUGCAAAAUCUUGUUGAUGAGUACAAAGCUUGCGAGUCCGCAGAUUAUAUAAAGUGGGGCAUGGAGGAUCGCUCCAAGGCCAUGACUGGAGAAGGAAAUGCUACUGGCUCCUUGGAUUCAAGAGCGCCCCUUCUGUAGAUUUUCCGGAAGCUGCGCAAUCACCGGCUCAAUAGGAAGCUGCAGGUGCUUGUACAUAAUAGAGACGAGGCUACCAUGACACCGCCACACAGUGCUGAUGGCAUGAGCUCCAAGUAUCUGUUAUUUUGGAAGCUCUUUCUCAAAGCAUCUCAUUUAUUCAGUAUUUCUAUCGUGUAUGAGUGAAAUUUCUUUCACGUUGAGGCCCAAGUGCUCACCUGCCAUCAUUUUACUCGAUAUGACUGUGUGCUUGCAGCUGGUUGUGUGAACUGGGUCUCUGUGAAUGUGCGCUGUUGACAAUGAAUUUGCAGUUUGGUGCAAGGCUAAAGUUUACGCGUUGUCUUUAGGCUUCUUUGCGCGGAAUUUUUGAAGCUUUAUAUUCAUGCUUAAUUGUGUAUCGUUGAUUGGUUCAUUCUUUACUUAUCCAAGUGGUCUCCCCUCUUAUUAG